AUGCAGGCUACCGUAGUUUUGAUCACCUUCACUUCAGCUUAUUACAAAAAAACCGGAACAUAUGAUUGGAAGUGUCAAUCAUGCAAAUUUGAGGUUAGUAUCAUUGACUCCGACGAUGAAAACGAGGAUAGCGGUACUAAUAUCUCACCAAGUGCUGCUAAAACCAUGGAAGAACUUUUCAAAAAAUACUUGGCACCUUUUUCUGAGAAAAUCAGUGCACUGGAGUCCAGCAUCCAAAGUAUUAGAUUAGACAUGAAUAAGUUAGCUGAGGGCGGUAAAUCAACUAGUAAACAUUUUGUACAACUAGAUAAACGGAUUACCGACGUGGAAAAAAAACUCAGCACCGAAGGGCAGUCACUAUCAUCUGAUGACAUUAUCGCUGAAAUUGUGGAAAGACAAAAAAUGAAACCAAGUGAUAGUGAUGUGAUUUACUGUGUAAGUGAAAGUUGGUUAAACUCAACUAUUUCGAAUGGUGAAGUAGUAGAAGAUACUUUUAAGUUGUUUAGGAAAGAUAGAGACAGUCAGACUAGUAAAUUCGCACGCGGUGGUGGUGUAUUGAUAGCAGUACAUCGCAAUAUCACGGCUGAACUGGUACCACUGAAUAAACACAAUAUAGAGCAAGUUUUUAUAAAAAUUAAAGAAUCUAACGGUGAGGUUAUUAUUAUUGGCUGUGUGUAUUUACCACCCCAGUCAACGGUGGAGAUCUUUAAGGACCACUUGGACACAAUUCAUUACAUAAAUAACAUUUAUCCAAAUGCAAAAAUUAUAAUAAUAGGUGACUACAAUAUCCCAAAUAGCUACCCACCCGCUAGAACUGAUCCUAUCCUUGAAGAGGAUGUUUAUCAUCCAGCUUUAUCUAUUCAUGUAUCUUGCACAGCCAGUAUGAAGUUGUUUAAAGAACCUCAAUACUGCUUUAAAAAAGCCAACUAUAUUGCACUCAACGACUUUUUCUUAAACACUAACUGGUUAGAAUUGUAUAACAUAAAAACAGUGGAUGAAAAGUUAUUAUGGUUUUACAAGAAAAUAAAGUUAGGCAUUUCAGAGCAUGUUCCAGUGUACACUAAUAAUCGAAGUGAAUAUCCACGUUGGUUCUCUAAAGAGCUCAUAAGGAAAAUUAAAUUAGAAAAACAAGUUCAUAAGAAUUACAAAAAGUAUAGGAGCUACCAUACGUAUAAGGAGUUCCAGAAUAUAAGAAAAGAAUGCAAGAGUUUGAGCAUCAUCUGUUACAACAACUAUGUCACUCGCAUGGAAAAUCUAAUCCAUGAGGACACUACCCAGUUCUGGAAUUUUGUGAAGAGUAAGAGGCGCAAGGACUCAAAUAUACCUAGUACGAUGAAUUGGAGUGAAAAUACAGCCAACACUGGUGAGGAGGUAAGCAAUUUAUUUGCUUCAUAUUUCAAAAGUAUGUACAUGGGGACACAUGACAGCUCGGUAAAUCAGAUCAACAAGCUUUCCCAGAGAAGACAAAUAUCGGACUUAAUUUUUGCUUUCAAAAUUAUUAACGGACACAUCGACUCCCCAGAGAUCCGAGAGAAAGUAGGAAUCAUCUGUCCAACAUCAAACUUAAGAGCAAAUCAAUUAAUAGAGACAAUUAAAACUACCAAAAGUUAUAUAUAUAUAAUAGCCCGAGGAAUAGGAUCGCUAAUCUAA